AUGCACACGAGGUGGAGGCUGAGCCGAGUGCUUCCUGUGGCCGGGCUCUCGCUAAUCAUCAUUGCUUUUCUGCAUUCACAGCUGAGGACAAGGAAGGAUGAAACACAGACAGAAACAAGGGAGCCCUCCUCAGAUAGACAUGUGAAAAAGGUGGAGAAAGAAGAAAGGGAUCAUGGGAGUGUGACACUUAAGGAUGUGUUUAUCGCAGUAAAGACCACGGGGCGCUUCCAUGCCAGCCGCCUUGAACUUCUUCUACAGACCUGGAUAUCCAAAACUAAAGAGCAUACAUACAUCUUCACAGAUACUCCGGACAAGGACAUAAGUUCUAGAGACUUCAACAUCAUUGUCACUGGAUGUUCACCUGACCACAGUCGACAGGCUCUUUCCUGCAAGAUGGCUGCCGAGUAUGAUUAUUUCAUAGCUUCUGAAAAAAAGUGGCUGUGUCAUGUUGACGAUGACAACUACUUGAAUCCAAAUGCUCUGGUGUCUCUUCUUAAUGAAUUUCCAACAGCCAAAGAUGUCUACGUAGGAAAACCUAGUCUGGAUCGACCAAUCAGAGCCCUGGAGCUGCUAAAGGACAACAGGACACGAGAGGUGCAAUUCUGGUUUGCUACAGGUGGAGCCGGAUUCUGCCUCAGCAGGAAGCUGGCACAGAAGAUGGCUCCUUGGGCAAGCGGUCAUCAGUUCGAGCAGACGUCUGCGUUAAUAAGACUUCCAGACGACUGUGUGAUUGGUUUUAUAGUUGAGAGGAGGCUGGGCGUCUCGAUGACCCACAGCAAACUGUUUCAUUCUCAUCUGGAGAACCUGCUGCUCCUCAAACCUGCAGAAAUCCUCAAGCAGGUUACUCUGGGUUAUGGUUUGUUUGAGAAUAAGUUAAACAGUGUGGAGGUAAAGGGGGUGUUCAGUAAGGAAGAAGAUCCUUCCAGGUUUAAAGCAGUCCACUGCCUGCUGUACCCUUUAACAAGCUGGUGCCCAUGAAAUGAAGAACUUUGACCCCUUAACACACAGAAGAACUUGCAGGAUUUGUUCACUAUCAAACUGUAAAUUAAAGAUGCCAUAUCAAGAUGCCGUAUCAAACUGUAAAUUAAAGAUGCCAUAUCAAGAUGCUGUAUCACACUGUAAAUUAAAGAUGCUGUAUCAAGAUGCCGUAUCAAACUGUAAA